UAAACACCCCCAAUUUCAUUUUCCAGGUCGCGAGUUCGAAUCUCACAGUUUCCUUUUUUUUUUUCUUCAUUUUUUUUCCUUCAACUUUUACAUUUCUUCUUCAUCGUCUUCUUCAGCAAAGCCAUGGAUAAGAAAGAUCCAAACAGAAUUCCACGAAAGCUCAAGUUUACUCCAAAGGGAAAACCCAAAUCUCAAACAACGAAAAUUGAAGCUGGUGUUGAAGAUGAACAGAAGAAUUCUGAAGUUCGUGUACGUAGCUUAUUGGAGAGGGUUGGAAAACGCCAGCCUAAAGUUGCAAAACAAUCCAGUGCGCGAGAUGCAUUUCCUAGAGAUUCAUCACUUUCACUGAGAUCAUUUGGCAGUGGUAACGGUGAAAGCAGUGGCUCAGAAUCCAAAUUUUCUGCCGAUGAGAAAUAUGGUUCAACGCAUUCUUCAACUGCUAUGGACUAUCAGAGUUAUACUUCUGUGAUAGAUGUUAUGGAUGAUACCACUGAUGACGAAGACUACGUGGAACCAUGGGGUCCUGACACAAACUAUCCUACUACUCUUCCUCUAAGGAAGCCCAAUUCUGGAGAUCCAGCAAUUCUUGAUGAGAUAGAAUUUGGGGAGGCUGCUACUGAUGUGAAAUAUGAUGGUGAUAAUCUUAAUUCCGCAGAAGAACUUGGGCUCUCGGACAAAAGUGAGCAACCUCAGUUGAUUUUCUUUAAGCUUCCUACUGUUCUGCCUUGUGUCAAGCAACCAGUGAACAGUAAAGGGAAGGAGAAAAUUGGUACCUCGAAAGUAUCAGCAAAGGCGAAAAAGGCGAGUAACUUGUUGGAGCUUCCGAGUGGAUAUAUGGGCAAAAUGCAGGUGUAUAAGAGUGGAGCAGUCAAAUUAAAAAUAGGAGAAACUCUGUAUGAUGUGUCUCCAGGUACCAAAACUAUACUUGAUCAAGAUGUUGUAGCAAUUAACACUGCAAAGAAAAACUACAGUGUUGUUGGGAAGGUUACGGUUGACGCAAAGGCUGUUGUAACUCCUGAUAUUGAUGCCAUUGAUCUUGAAUCCAUUGGACUAUAAAAGACUUGAGCUAAGCACAUGAUUCGUCGCCAUUACAAGGGGAUAGUACAGAUAUCUAUGUGGCUUAUGUGAAUAUGGAUGUUUUGUGAAUACAUCUGAUUCUGACUAGAGAUAUCCUGAUGAUUGGAAGUACAAACCAGGUAGUAAAACUAGUAUGACAUUGAUGGAAUAUCAAGUGGAAAAUCGAAUUUAUUUUAAUUGCUCUGUAGGAAUAGUUAGCUUUCUUUAUGUUGAACUAAAAUCAUUGAGCAAUGUCUGAUAAUAUUUCAUUUACUUCAAUGUUUAUGGUCCUUGAAUUGUAUGC